AUGGUUGACGUUUCGGAUGAUGAUGAUGAUGAUGAUUUGAAUGAUAAUGAUGAUGAUGAUUUGGAUGAUGAUUCAGAUGAUGAUUCAGAUGAUGAUGAAGAUGAUGAUGAAGAUGAUGAUGAUGUGGGUGAUGAUGAUGAUGAUUCGGAUGAUUUGUAUGAUGAUAAUACUGAUGAUGAAUACGAUGAUGAUGUUUUGUAUUAUGAUGAUUUGAAUGAUGAUGAUUAUGUUGAUUUGAUUGAAGAUGAUGAUGAUUAUUUGGCUGAUGAUAAUUGA